AUGGACACUGUCGAGGGCGAAUUCACCACCAAGGAUGGCACAAAGCUAUAUACCAAAACAUGGAAGCCCCGAAGCGAUGCAGUCCAGGCCGUCUUGAUCUUCCUCCAUGGGUUCUCCGACCACAUUAAUGCCUACUACGAUCUCUUCCCCACUCUGAGCUCGUCCCCGUUCAAUAUUGCCGUCUACGGAUUCGAUCAAAGAGGUUGGGGCCGAUCAUGCCGCAAGCCAGCCGACAAUGGCAAUACCGGCCCCACGACACUGGUCCUAUCCGACCUUCAUGAUUUUGUUCUCCAUGUGGCAUCGUUGCCCGAGACUCAGGGCAAGCCACUGUUCUUGAUGGGCCACAGUAUGGGUGGAGGCGAGGCUCUGUGCUACAUGCUCUCCACAUCUACAGAGUAUUCCAAUCGACCAGCGAUCUCGGGCCUGCUCCUCGAAGCGCCUUAUGUGGAGAUACAUGCGUCCAAUCAGCCAUCCUACUUGAAAGUUCAGGCGGGCAAGUUGGCCGCCGUGCUUCUGCCCCGUACACAGCUUAAACAAAAGCUGAGUGCAACGUACAUGUCCCGUUCGCAGAAGGUCUGCCAAGACUGGAUCGACGAUCCGCUGUGCCACGAUACUGGCACGUUAGAAGGACUCAAAGGACUCUUGCAAAGGGAGGCAGAACUUUCGCACCUCUCGCAUGGCCGCACCAUACCUGGCUAUACAACAAAAGCCCCGUGUCCCAUGUGGUUCUCCUUUGGUACCGGAGACCGGAUCUUGUCGUACCUCGCCGCGCAGCAACUAUUCAACGUCUUGGAAGCGCCCAACAAAGACAAAACAUUCAAAUCGUAUCCCGAUGCCUAUCACAAGCUCCAUGCUGAGCCCGACGGAGUAGGCGAACAGUUUGCAAAAGAUGUGGGAGAAUGGAUCCUGGCACAUGUUGAGAAGCAGGCAGAUGUCGCUCAGGUUGGUCACUCACCGUCCGAUCCCAAGGCAGACGGUGACUUAUAG